ACAGAAAACCGGUAACGGUGUGAAGGAGGUCAUCGCGACUUGCCAGUUUCAUAAGGAGAAAAAGAAAAAUAAGUUCUGAAAUGCAUUAUGAGUGACUCAGAACAGCAAGAAGGUGCAGAAAAGGUGUGUGAGCCGCAGUGGCCUGAGAAUGGAGAGGACUGGAGUGAUGGAGAGGGUGGCACAGAUAUGGACUCUGGGCUUCUGCAGGCCAUGGCCGAGGAAGAUGAGGAAAUAAACGUCUACAACGAGGAGACGUUUGGAAUGGAUUUGGAUGCGAAUGGGACCACAGAAGAGUCCAGCAGCGGUCUUCAGUUUGGAGAGGCUUUGCCUCAGACACCACCACCACCACCACCGCCGCCACCACCUCUGACACCACCUCCCCCGCAGCCCAAACCUCGGUCUCCCCGCAGAGCCCUGUCUCCUCCUCUACAGAAGCUGCAGUAUUUUCCCAGAGCUGCCCCAAGGCAGCGUAGCAGAAGUAGGGGACAGAGAGGAGGACUGAGCAGGGGGCAGAUGUUUGAAGACCCAGCUGUGAUGAGAGUAAUUGAGGGCCGACCAAGCCUCAAGAGUCUUGACAGUGCCAUAGUGGACUGUGGGUUUGCCAUGUACCAGCGCCCUUAUGAAGAUGAAUUGAUACCCUCUUAUAGAAAGACCAGAAGAAUCUCAGGAUCCAUACUUGAGGACAGUGCUAUAGUGUGUGUAAUUGGUCACAGAGGCAGAGGUCAGCACCUUAACACCAACUUUAUGGAUUUGCCGUACCCUGCUGGGCCCUCUUACGGGGUCAGGCGAGGGGAACCCAGAGCAUCAUACUCCAGACGACAGUUUGACCAUAGAGGACCUGCUCAGGUGUACACACCCAUAGUUCCAAGAUCCCCCCCCUUCCUACGUCAGCCACUGACGCCACGCCAACAUUACAAUCAGCAGACCAGGGCCUUCAUGUUUCCUCCAACCUGCCCGUGCCCCUCCACGCCUCAGACUCCCAAAAUGAUGCAACUUCGCUUCGGAGCCAACUCGCCAAGGCCGUCCCCCUUUUACAGCCCCUCCUCUAAUCCAGUACAGCCUUUCAGCAGGUACCCCGGUCCAGCCACACAGCUCCAUCCCCAACAUAAACGACUGCUUAGUCAAAAACAGCAGCUGUUCCAAAGAAGGGCAGAUGGCUGGGACCCUUACUGUAAUCUCAUGACAGCCAAAGAGAAGGAGUGGAUUACUCGGCUGCAGAUGAUUCAGCUGCAAAGUGAGAAUCCUUACCUUGAAGACUACUAUUACCAGGAGUACUAUCGGCGAAUAGAAGCAAAGAUGGCUGAAGAGGAGCUGGGCAUCAGGAGCAAGAGGGAGCCGCCUAAGCUCACCACACCUUAUGUCAAAAAAACUGACUCCUACACACCAGUGGUGCACAUCGAAGGCUCUUUGGGUCAAGUUGCAGUUUCCACAUGUUACUCUCCUCGCCGUGCCAUCAGUGCCGUUCAUGCAGCCCAAGCUCAGGGUCUGCUUGAGGAACAAAAAGACACCAGACUACAGCGGUUAGAGAUCCUUAGCAAAAUAGAAAAGUUGUUCAUAGUUUUGUUGGAGGUGGAGGAAGCGGAGAGGAUGAAAACUACAGUGUUGUCUGAAGUAGAAGAAAGGAGGUUGACGGAGAAAACCCAGAGGAAAGUAGAGCACAUCUACACCCAGCUGCAACACCACAAUCCCCUGGAUUCAGGAGGGGACUUCCUUCCUUUCCUGCUUGUCUCUAAAGGCAAAAAGCUCAUCGCCCGUCUGCUGCCGUUCUUAAAACAUGAUUCUGGACUAAAAAUCUUGCGUGUUGUGACCUCUAACCUACCAGCACUGAUGGGCAGAGACACAGAGGAGACCCUUCCAGUUCUUUACCCACCUCUUCGAAAUGUGAUUGGUGGCCUGACAUUUAGUCAGCUCAUUGGCGUCCUCAAAGAGCUGACAUCUUUGGAGUCUCUUACAACAUACGAAUGUCUUGAGCUGGCGUGUCAGAACAAGUUUGGACUGUCCUUACUUUACGCUCUACUCUCCCAGGGAGAGAAGCUGCUGUCCUCAGGUGUUCCUCUAGAGCCCAGCAUCGGUGACUUUGAGACCUGGACUGACAUAAUAUUCCAGGUGGCAGGACAGCUAUCCCAGUGUUCACUGGUGGAGCCGCUCCUCCUGCCUUCAAACCUGCUCACUCUCUUCUGCCGUUACCUGGACAAGCGUACGGUGCAUCAACUAAAAAACAACAUGGAGUCUGCUACUGGAUGCCUGGCUCUUCCAUCUUAAGUUGGACAAUGGCUGCUGAGAUAUUCUGUUAAUGACCAGGCUGCUGUGAGCACCAGAGUGAAAGGAGAGGUGCAAAAACCCCCUCGGUGCUUAUAACGGACGCUAUAGACUGUGUGUAUAUUUAAUGUGCGCUGACCUUUUUGAUUCUUAUUCCCUCCCCUCACCCAUUCCCUCACAUUUUUGCACUCAAACUGUUUCCCCUCUUUUCCUUUUUAUCUGAUCAUCUUACUUUCCUCACUUUGGUCUCCAGUAGGAUACAGUGUUAAAAUGAAGUCACAAAAAACAUUUUUUUCAAACUGCAAACCCCCCCAGUUUCCCCCCCUAUUUAAACCUUUUCAAUACACAUUUAGAUUCAGUCACUUCUAAAUGUGCUGCUUCACACAUGCUGACCAGGGUGUGGAUUGUGUAGUAGUGUAUGAUUGUACAGCUAAACUAAUGUUCAUUUAAAAACCAUUGAAGGAUGUUGUCAUGGCCCAGCAUGAGCCAUGCAGUUUUGGGUUUAUUUUUGUAGAAAGUCUUGCAUUGUUUAUACUUGUGUAAUGAAACUU